AUGAGUUCUUUCAAAAAACGAGUUCAAACCAAUCAAACGAAAAUUCCACAAGGAACACGUUUAUCACCAUAUAAUGGACAAUUAUUAAUUUCUACUGGAUUAUACCUUGACUUUUAUAAAAUUAUUUUCAAACAUAUUCUUGGUGGAGGUAUACCAAUCGGAAGUGUAUUAUUAAUAAAAGAGGAUCGACAUACGGAGUAUGCUCGAUUACUUUUAAAAUACUUUUUAGUACAAGGAAUAGUAUCUGGACAUCAUGUUUUGUUAAGUACGGCAGAAGAGAGAGAACCAAAAAAUUUUAUAAUGGGAUUGCCUUGGUUAUCAAAUGACACUGAUGAUAGUGGC